GAAGUUGUAUGCGGAAGCACGUCAGUGCGCCGACGCGGGAAACACACGUCUUGGUUCAUCUCGAAGUUAAAUCACUGGUCCAAAAUGUCAAAGAUUGAGAAGAUGAGUAUUCUGGGAGUGAGGAGUUUUGGAGUGGAGGAUAAAGAUAAACAAGUGAUCUCCUUCUUCAGCCCUCUCACGGUGCUUGUGGGACCUAAUGGAGCUGGCAAAACGACCAUCAUUGAGUGUCUCAAGUACAUCACAUCAGGAGACUUUCCACCAGGAAGUAAAGGAAACACUUUUGUCCAUGAUCCCAAAGAUGCUCAUGAGACUGAUGUACGGGCACAGAUCAGACUCCAGUUUAGAGAUGUGAAUGGAGAUGCUGUGGCUGUGCAAAGAUCUAUGCAGUGCACACAGAAAGGCAAGAAAACAGAAUUCAAAACGCUUGAGGGCGUCAUUACGAGAAUAAAGCAUGGUGAGAAAGUAAGCCUGAGCUCUAAAUGUGCUGAGAUAGACCGUGAGAUGAUCUCUUCCCUGGGCGUCUCCAGAGCUGUUCUCAACCAUGUCAUCUUUUGCCACCAAGAAGAGUCCAACUGGCCUCUCAGUGAAGGGAAAGCCCUCAAGCAGAAGUUUGAUGAGAUUUUCUCAGCCACAAGGUACAUUAAGGUGCUGGAGACCUUGCGGACGCUGAGGCAGAAGCAGACCAACACUGUUAAAUCCUGCCAGAUGGAGCUCAAGUACCUGAAACAGAACAAAGAUAAAGCCCAAGAGAUUCGAGAGCUGCUUUCCACCAAAGAAACUCAGCUAGCUUCCUCCAAAGAGAGUGUCAAUCGCAUCGAGGGUCAGAUUGACCCUCUGGAGAGACGACUAAAUGACAUAGAAAGCAGCCUCGGCAAAGUGAUGAAAUUGGACAACGACAUCAAAGCUCUGGACAGUAGGAAGAAACAGAUGGAGGAUGAUAACCGGGAGCUAGAGGAAAAGAUGGAACAGGUGUUUCAGGGCUCAGAUGAUCAGCUACAGGACAUGUAUCAGAAUCACCAGCGCACCGUGAAAGAGAAGGAAAAAAGACUUGUAGAGUGCCAACGUGAGCUUGAAAGGGCUGGUCGAGAAUGCCAGAGGAUGAACCGCAUCAAGUCUGAGCUGCUAGUGGAGCAAGGUCGUCUGCAGUUGGAGGCAGAUAGACACACACAGAACAUUAAAAAGAGAGACACCCAGGUAAAGACUUUGGCGUCUUUCCUGGAGUUGGAGGGCUAUGAUCGAACGCCACUUAGUGAGCGACAACUCCAAAGCUUUUACAGACAAAUCAAAGAAAGACUGGACCAGGACUCGGAAGCCCUCAACCAAACUAUGCAUGACAUGCAGCAGAAAGAGACCCAGAAACAGCACAACAUUGAUGAUCUCCGGGAUAAAAAGACAGGUCUAGAGAGAACCAUUGAGCUAAAGAAAGACCUACAGGCCAAAAAGCAACAAGAACUGAAGAAUAUCAAGUCUGACCUUCAAAAACUGGAGGGCUCCUCCAACAGACUGCAAGAGCUGGACACUGAGCUUCAGAAAGCGGAGCGUGAGCUUGAUAAUGCUGUGCAGGCCUGUACAGUGGACAGUCUGAAGGUCGAGGUAACUGAACUACUGAAGGAAAAGGCUCAACUGGAUCAGGCACAGCGCAAACUGGACCAAGAGAUGGAAAUGCUCAACACACACACCACGGCACGUGCACAGAUGGACAUGAUGAAGAAAACCAAGAUGGACAAAGAGGAGCAGGUGAGGAAGAUCAAGUCGAGACAUAAUGAAGAGCUGGUGUCUCUGCUGGGACACUUUCCAAACAAGAAAGAGCUGGAGGACUGGAUCUACUCCAAAUCCAGAGAGAUCAAAUCCACUAGAGAGCAGAUCACCAAAAUGAAUAAAGAGCUUGCAUCUGGAGAACAGAAGAAGAGUCAUUACACUGCAGAAAUCAAACGAAAAGAAGAGCAGCUGGCCAAAUAUGAAGAGAGACUUUUUAAUGUUUGUGGAAGCCAGGAUUUCCAGUCAGACUUAAGCAAACUGGAGGAUGAGUUGGAAAAGUGCUCCAAACAGAGAGCCAUGUUGGCAGGUGCCACAGCUGUGUACAGUCAGUUCAUCAGUCAGCUGACGGAGGAAGGUGACCCAUGCUGCCCCGUAUGUCAGCGCGUGUUCCCAUCAGAGGCGGAGCUCCAGGACGUCAUUAAUGACAUGCAGUCCAAACUGCGGCUUGUCCCAGACAAGCUGAAGAAUACGGAGCAUGACUUGAAGAGGAAGGAGCGCAGACGUGAUGAAAUGAUGACACUGAAGCCCAUCAGGCAGUCCUUAGUGGAGCUCCAAGAGAAAGAGCUACCAGAGUUAAGAAAUCAACUCCAGCGUGUGAAUCGGGACAUUGAGAAACUGAAAGGAGACAUCGAGGAGCAGGAGACAUUGCUGUGCACGCUGGUGUCUGAGGAGGAGACAGCCAAAGCCUGUCUGCAGGACAUCUCUCUCAUGGAUCGCUUUCAGCUUGAUCUAAAGGAUGUAGAGAGGAAGAUUGCUCAACAUGCAGCCAAGUUGCAGGGAGUUGACCUCAGUCGCACCAUGCAGCAGGUCAGCCAGGAGAAACAGGAGACUCAACACCGCCUGGACACUACUUCCAGUAAGAUCGAGCUAAAGAGGAAACUAAUUCAGGACCAGCAGGAGCAGAUCCAGGCCUUGAGGAGCAGUGUGAACGAGAUUCGUGGAGAAAAGCUGCAGAUCUCCAGCAACAUGCAGAAGCGUCAGCAGUUGGAGGAGCAGUGUGUGGAGUUCUCCACCGAGAUCCAGACACUCCACAGGGACAUUCGAGAUGCAAAGGAGCAGGCCUCUCCUCUAGCUGCUACUUUGGAGAAGCUCCAGCAGGAGAAACAGGACCUCGUUGAGCGCAGGAGGAAAAAACAGGAGGAAGGACAGGAAAAGAUAAAUGCGAUUAAGGAAAAAAUGAAAAACAUCACCCUCUUUGAAAAAGAGAUCACCAAGUACAUUGAAGAGGGCAAAGACAGCUACAAAGAGCAAAAAGAAACUGAACUACAGGAGAUGGACAAACAACUACAUGAGGCCGAAAAACAGCGGGAGAAGACCAAUAAAGACAUGGGCAACAUCCGACAAGACAUUGACACUCAGAAGGUUCAAGAGCGCUGGCUGCAGGACAACUUGACUCUACGAAAGCGCGUGGAGGAGCUGAAAGAGGUGUCCAGAAAACGAGAGGCCUUAAUUAAGGAAAUGGGCAACAUGCAAGUCCUGCAGCUGCGCAAUGAGCGACGAGAAGUAGAGCGAAAGUUGGAGGACCUAAAAAAGAACCGCAGUGUGGCGCUUGGUCGACAGAAAGGCUACGAGGAUGAGAUCCUCCGCUUUCGUAAAGAACUCAAUGAGGAUCAAUAUUGCCGGGCCGAGGAUCUCUACAGAGACAAAAUGAUUGUGAUGAGAACAACAGAGCUGGCCAAUAAAGACCUGGACAUCUACUAUAAAGCCCUAGACCAAACAAUAAUGAGGUUUCACAGCAUGAAGAUGGAGGAGAUUAAUAAAAUCAUCAGAGAUUUGUGGCGGAGCACAUACAGAGGACAAGACAUCGAGUAUGUAGAGAUUCGCUCUGAUGUGGAUGAGAAUGCAUCUGCUGGUGUGAAGAGAAGGACCUAUAACUAUAGAGUGGUAAUGGUGAAAGGAGACGCAGCCUUGGACAUGCGGGGUCGAUGCAGUGCUGGACAAAAGGUUCUCGCCUCUCUUAUAAUCCGAUUGGCUCUAGCUGAGACAUUCUGCCUGAACUGUGGGAUUCUGGCACUGGAUGAGCCCACUACCAACUUAGACAGGGAGAAUAUAGAGUCUUUGGCACAUGCACUUGUGGAAAUUAUCAAAAGUCGCUCUCGUCAGCGCAACUUCCAGCUGCUUGUCAUCACUCAUGACGAGGAUUUCGUGGAGCUCCUGGGAAGAUCCAACUAUGUGGAGCAUUUCUACAGGAUCAGGAAGAACCAGGAUCAGUGCUCAGAGAUCAGCAAAUGCAGUAUCAACAGCCUCAACUCCUACCUGCACUGAUGUCAGAUCAGAUGAGAGAGGAAAGAGAUGUUUUCAGAGGUGACAUGUUCAAAGUUCAGUUAGCACAGGUGCACAGCUGUCUUGUACUUUAAAAAAAAAA